AUGCCUUCUUCUCACCCCAUUCCCAUUCGCACGGACUUGGCUCUUCGACCGGCACCCAACGAGCCUGUCAGUGCUGCAUCUCCUAAGUCCUCGGCUCUCCACAGCACCAGACAUAAGCACACGCGCUCAUCCUACUCGGAAAGCUCACCUAUUACUGCCAUGUCUAGAAAUAACUCGUUGACCUACCGGCCCCUGAAACGUUCGAUGCCUUCGCCAGACAAGACUAUUGCGGUUAUCAAUGCAAGCGGCCGUCAGGCCGCGUCGUUAAUCCGUAUAGCUACUGCAGUAGGUUAUAAGGUUCGCGCACAACUACGUAACCUAGAAGGAGUUAUAGCCACCGAGGUCGCAUCUAAUCCGAAUGUCACCGUUUUUGUCGGGGAGCUUUACCUUCGAAAUAAACCAGAUGACAAUAGAGAUGUCACUGUUCAUGGCCAUCUCCCGGGAAUUCUUGUUAAUCAUGGUCUGAUCUCACAACUUUUCAACGGCGCACAGCUUGCCUUCACCAAUACCACUUUCUACGGCAACGAAAUACAAAUCGGCGAGGCGAUCGCAGAUGCUGCUAAGAAAGCCGGUGUUCAGCAUUACAUCUAUUCGUCCAUGCCCGACCAUGCGGCCUAUAAUCCUCAAUGGCCAUCGUUACCACUCUGGGCAGCCAAGCAUGAGGUGGAAAAUUACAUUCGUAAAAUAGGACUACCGGCCACCUUUGUUUAUACCGGCAUCUACAACAACAAUUUCACGUCUCUUCUCUACCCAUUGUUUUGCAUGGAACUGCAGUCAGACGGCUCGUUCAAAUGGCAAGCCCCUUUCCACCCACAUGCUAAGCUACCCUGGUUAGACGCCGAGCACGAUGUUGGUCCGGCCAUCAUUCAGGUCUUCAAAGAUGGGCCAGAAAAGUGGAAUGGAAAGCGUAUAGCGCUGGCUUACGAAUAUUUGACGCCCAUCGAAGUUUGCCAGGCAUUCGAGCGAGGACUUGGGAGACGCACACAGUAUAAGAGGGGGCCCAUUGAACUAAAGGUGAAGAUCCCAGAAGGAUAUAGGGAACAGCUCGAGGCUUUGGGGAAGCUAUUCUCGCUGAACAACAACGACCCUACGAAGCAGCCACCCUAUUUCGGAGACCCGGAACUUGAGGGAAGAUGUCCCGACGACGCAUUGGCCUUGUGGGAAGGCCCAAGAGGGUUGGAAGAGUAUGCAAGAGAAAUAUUUCCAUUGGAGGAAGAAGCAAAUGGGAUGACUUGGAUGUUCGAAGGUGAGGAUGGGCCCAUAUUUGACGGUCCCGGAGAGACAACCGAAGAGGUCAUAGACCCGGUGGAGGAUGUUGAAGAUGGCGAGGGAGAUGAUGAAUCGCUUGACGAGGGUCUAGUUAUGAGAGGUCUUAAAAGAGACGAAGAGUCCUGGCUUGCUUAA